CCGGUCGAGCCCCACGGAGGGAUUAUAGCGCGGGGGCUCGGCGAACUCGGUUUCCCAGAGUGCCCGAAGAGAGUGGCACGGAUGGCGGAGAAGGAUGACACCGGAGUUUGACGACGAAGUGGUGUUUGAGAAUUCACCACUUUAUCAAUACCUACAGGACUUGGGACACACUGACUUUGAAAUAUGUUCACCAUUGUUGCAAAAGCCAGAAGAAUGCUCAUCCAAAGAGGAGCAAAAAGAGCUGGAUAUGAGUUCUAUUCUCAAGCAAGACAUCCUAUCAAAACUAGCUGAGAGAUUUAAAAGCUGGCUUCCUUUUCUACCAUAUAAGAAAAAAGAUGAUAUACUCCAUCAAAUGGAUGUUGGUUUUCGAUCGGAGGUUCUCUGCACCAUCCUGCAACAGGAAGUUCUGCUGCAGGAGGAUGUUGAACUGAUUGAGCUACUUGACCCCAGUAUCCUGUCUGCAGGACAGCCCAAGCGACAGGAACAUGGACAUCUUCCAACACUACACUCCUUAGCAACUCCUAAUAUUUGGGAUAUCUCACUAUUGCUUGCCUUCAUCAGCACACUGAUUAUGCUUCCUUCUUGGUGGAAUGGAUCCCUGGGACUGGUGUGGGGAAUAGGCAUGUUUGUUUACACAUUUGUACGAAUUUUGGACACUUUGAGGACAGCCAAGCAGCAAAUGUCUCUGAGAAAAUGCCAAAUUCAGCUAGAAGACACAGUGGUUAAUUGCCGAGCUUUCACUAACCUUGUGAGGAAAGCUUUACGACUCAUUCAAGAAACAGAAGUCAUUUCCCGAGGAUUCACUCUUUUGCUUGACAGGGUCAGUGCUGCUUGCCCAUUUAAUAAAGCUGGACAGCAUCCUUGUCAGCAUCUUAUUGGUCUUCGGAAAGCCGUGUAUCGAUCAGUAAGAGCCAAUUUCAGAGCUUCAAGACUAGCAACCUUGUACAUGCUGAAACAAUAUCCACUGAAUUCUGAGAGUGACAAUGUGACAAACUACAUCUGUGAGGUGCCUUUUAAGGAACUUGGCCUGGGACUGAGUGAAGAGCAAGUAUCUGAAGAAGAAGCACACAAUUUCACAGAUGGCUUCAGCCUGCCUGCACUGAAGGUUUUAUUUCAACUUUGGGUAGGGCAAAGUUCUGAAUUCUUCAGGCGGCUGGUUCUUCUGCUGUCUCCCUCCAAUGCUUCCCCCAAGAAUCUUAUUACGCCGGAAAGUUUGCCUCUUUGUAUAUUUUCUGACGUGACUCAAGGUCUGCCUCAUGCUCACGCUGCCUGUUUAGAAGAACUUAAGCGAAGCUAUGAGUUUUAUCGGUAUUUUGAAACUCAUCAUCAGUCUGGUCCUGAUCGUUCAAUCAAAACCAACCAAAAGUCACGAGAGCUAAACCAUCUUCAUACCGCAGUGCGUAGUUUGCAGCUCCAUCUAAAGGCCUUACUGAAUGAAGUAAUAAUUCUGGAAGAUGAACUUGAAAAGUUUGUUAGUUCCAAGGAAAGCCAAGAACACACUUUAGAGGCCUACCAAGUUGUAGAACAAAAACUAAAGUUGAUUCAGCCUCACAUGCAAGCUAGCAACAGUUGCUGGGAAGAAGCCAUUUCUCAGGUGGAAAAAAUGGUUCGAAGAAAUUCUGAUAAAAAAGACAAACCAGAAGUGUCAGGUGAGAACAAGCAUUGCACCGUGAUACCAUUACUACAGCCUGCUGUACAUAUAGAGGACAAAGACCCAAUUCCUGAAGAACAGGAACUUGAAGCAUAUGUUGAUGAUACAGAUAUAGACAGCGAGUAUAAGAGAGAUGACUUUUAUUACUUUUCCCUGGAAGACAGAGAGAGACAAAAGCGUGAAAGAGAAGAAUCCAAGAGAGUCCUGCAGGAACUAAAAUCUGUGUUGGGAUUUAAAGCUUCAGAGGCAGAAAGGCAGAAAUGGAAGCAACUCCUAUUUAGUGACCAUGCUGCAGUGAAACCCUCGUUUACUCUAGAGCCAGAAGAACCUAUCAAUAUUUCAGUAUUGCCUACAAAUUCAGACUCUGGCAUGCAGGUUUACAGCAGAAAAGAGGAUACGCUAGAAGAGACAGUCUCCAAUCCAAAAUCACAUGCCAGUGAUGAUGAGGAAGGCAGGACGGAAUACUUAUCUGAUGGGCCUGGAGUGAGGAAAGAAGCCAUUGCUGCUAAUGGUGACUCACCAGUGUUUGAGAAAAGAGCAUGUUACCAGUGCAAUGGAGAAGAAGAAUCCGAGCCAUUUGAUAUGGACGGAGUGAAUGUGCUGCAGCCACCUGAGAGAGAUGUGCUAAAGUCCUCCAUCAAACAAAGGUUGGCACAGCUCCACAUAUCAACAGAUUUCAAUUUCACAUCAGGUCUAGCAGCACAGGUUGCUGCUCGUUCACUCACAUUUACAACCAUGCAAGAACAGACGUUUGGAGAUGGGGAGGAGGAAAUACAGGAGAGUGAAGACUUGUUUGUAAAACAAAACAAAGAUGAAGUAAAGGAGUGUGAAAACGAAGGUUUAUAGAUUGUACUUGAACGUUGCCUGUUUGAAUAUUACAGAAGGCUAGUGGAAUAACUGAAUCAGCACAUGCAAAGAGAUUCAGAGCUUGAAAAUACUGAAUGGAAAUGGCAAGAUACUACUUGUGCUUUUUAAAAUUGUGAUAUCAAUUUGACUUUACUAGUCUUUGGUAAUAUAUACACAUGCAAGAAUAAACCAAGCUCACGGUAUGUAAUAUGGUUCUUACAUGUGUCAUGGAUGUCUAUGUGGAAUUUCUUUUAAUAUUUUAUCUUUAUUUAUUUAUAUAACAAGGCUUUUCUUCCUAACAGGAAGAGCAAAUUGUCUUUGUCACUUCCUAAAUACUGACUUUAAUAAGAACCGUAACUGUAACACUACUUGAAAUUGUUCUUUUACAAGAAUAUAAAUGG